AUCCAUACGGCUUCAUAUUUCAACAAAGCUGAUACAGCUAUAUACUCCAUGACAAAUCUAAGGCUUAAUAUACUUAGGUAUCUACGGGCAUUCUUUAUCCCGGACUCUUCAUUGCAUUCCCGACAAAAAUGGAUCCUUGGAUUGAUUAAUUUGGCAGCAGUGGUGAUAUUCUGGGUGCUGUCUAGCUUCUUGGUGAAUGCUAUUGUCGAAGACGACAGCUAUAGAAAGCCAUUCUUUAUCACAUAUAUCAAUACCAGUUGCUUUUGUUUCUAUAUAAUACCGUAUUUGAAACUUGAACGGUUGUCUGUCAAGGAAUUUAUACAAAAGUUGAAGGAUGAUUAUAAUAGACCAAAAACUAUAGCUGGGAACGACGAAGAGAGGAUGCUCAGGUACGGAUCUCAAUGCGGAUCGCAAACCGAUUUGACGGAGGAAGAAUCCAACGUUUUGCAUAUUAUCGACUCAAAUCCUGAGGCUAAACUGGAUAACGAAAUGGAGAUAGGCAGUUAUGAGACGGUUAAAUUAUCAUUACAGUUUCUUAUAUUGUGGUUUUCAGCUAAUUUAGUGACAAAUGCUUCAUUGUCAUACACUUCUGUCGCAUCUCAAACGAUAUUGUCAUCAACUUCGUCUUUCUUUACUUUAAUUAUUGGAUACUUGGUGGCUAUAGAAAAGAUUAACCAGAAUAAAGUGGUGGGCAUAUUACUUAGUUUUACCGGUGUGUUGUUGGUCACCAAGAUAGACACACAAGAAGACAAUCCAAAUACAAACAUGCCUACAUUACUCGUAUUAUGGGGAAAUAUCUUGGCAUUAUCAGGAGCACUAAUCUACGGGAUCUACACCAUCCUCCUCAAGCACAAGAUCUCCAUCCCCAAUUCCAAGAAGGAAAAGAACUUGAACACCCAUUUGUUCUUUGGAUUCGUGGGAAUUUUCUGUUUUGUGUUCUUAUGGCCAGUUCUCAUAUUACUUCACAUUUUCGAGGUGGAAACAUUUGAAUUACCACCGACAAGAGACAUCACUACCAUGAUGAUAGUCAAUGCAGCCAUAACAUUCAUUAGUGAUUUCUGUUGGUGUAAUGCUGUGUUGUUGACCAGUCCAUUGACGGUUACUGUCGGGUUAUCCAUGACUAUCCCACUAGCCAUGAUUGGCGAUUGGGUGAUUAAAGGAAUGAAUGUCAAUAUUUGGUAUAUUUUUGGGGCUGGUGUAGUCACUGCGGGAUUUCUUAUUAUUAACAAGGAUGAGGAAGACGAUUUUGUAAUAGACGAGUAGUGUACAUAGAGCUAACUAAUAUCAUAGAUUGACCG